AUGACCACAUCGUACUCUGCAGGCGGGGCGACUAGCACGGCCGCUGUUGUCCCCUUCAACUAUCUGCGCCUCAAGCGGCAUCGCCGAACGAUCUUCUUGUACUGCGACUUUCAGCAGGACACUGUGCAGGCCAUCAAGGAGCGUAUCGAGAAGCUGACGAGCCGCACCUUCUACACCAUGUGCCUCUACUACGGCGCCCAGCGCCUCAGCGACGAGUCGACGCUAUUCAGCACUGGCAUCUCCGAAGAUGGCACGGAGCUGUGGAUUGCCUACUCGAAGGGCAAGACGGUCGAGGGCGAAACAAUCUGGGAGGAUGUCGAAGAGGCGAUGGUGCCAGUUGCCACUGCUGCGCCGGCGGUAGCGCCCGAGAACACCGGUGAGUCGCACGCAGGCACCACUUGUGGCGCUGAGGGACAGGCUGCGGGACAGCAUUCUGUCACCAUCACCGAUAACAUCGAGGUAAUCCUGUAG